GCUAGAACUUUAUUUUAAAAUUCUCUCUUCCUCCUGCAAGGAGGAAUGGAAUAACUAGUCACGGGCAAGGAAGAAUCAGUUUCUUUUUCAAAAGUCACCAUUGCACAUCUGCCUUCCCCAAAUAGUCUCCACUCCCACUAUCAUCACCUUUUCCAGAGGACACAAACAGGCAUCUCCAAUUCCCGGGUCCCCACAAUAGCUAUUUUAGGUAAUGUGUGUUCAGUACACUGCAUACUGAUGUUUCUUCCCUGACAUGUUACUUUUCUGAGUUACCACUAACGGUUAAAACAGCAGAAAGGACAGUAAACGAUAAAUCUGUUUAUUGCCAGCAAAAACACAGCUGACCAACCAGACAACCAAUGAAGAGAAAGAGAGUACUAACUAACAAUCACCAAUUUGCCCUGUUUGAAAAAGUGGAACUUAAUUUAUAUUCUCAGAGUUAGUUAGAUGCCCACAUCACAGGAAAUGGAAGUCUUAGAAAAACAACACCCGCAUCAUAUAACAACAUAAGAGUCUGAAAAGACACUAUCCACAUCACAUAACAACCUUGAAGUCCUAAAAAGGUGCUCUAGAUGCAAUAAUUUCAGUCCCCUCUCAUGGCUUCAAGUUGCUUGCAGAAGAUGCAAAGAGCCGCUUUGACAGUGUUUAUAAUGUUUGUCAUGGUGGGUUCUCUCAUAUUCUGCUCUGCUCCUGUUGUUGUCUGCAUUUUGGACGUAGUGCUGCCAUAUGCUCUGCUAUCAAGCUUCAGAUACUGUUCCUGUGGUUUCAAGGUGGACUGGACUACAUACAAUUUUGGGUUUUCUCUCGUUGAUAUACCAUUCAUUUCCCUGCUUCGAUCCAUGUCCAUUUUAUGUGUUUAUUCUGUCUUUGAUGCACCCAGCUUAUCAUUUGGACCUUACCUCUGGACAGCAUUAUUAUGUGGGAUUGUUUCAAGUAUGAUUAUUAUUGUCAAGGCCUGCUUGUUUAUUGUUUACUCUGCAUUAGAAGGCCCCGCUGCAGAGUCUCGAGAAUCUCAUUUGAAGCAAUCAAGGGGUAUGCUGACAAUUCUUUUGUUGUCUCUGGUCUUAGCUCUUGGUCAUAUUGUGGUGGCAUACAGGAUAAGAUGCAAAGUUUGGCGCAAAAUGCUUCUUUUUCAUCAGCUUGAUCCAGAAGUUGUGGCAUGCAAAACCAUUUUCAAUGGUUAUACAAAAGCUCCUCAGAGUACAAUCGCUAAAGCUAAUUCUGGAGAGAAGUGCUUCUUUCAUGGAAACAGAGGAUGUCCGGUGAUGCUUUGACAAAUGUAUCUUCACACGGUCCAUUAUUAAAUGGAUGUCAACAGAAGUGAAUACAGUAUCUACGUAUAACACCAAGAGCCGUUUAGGUGUCUUUGAGAAUAUAGCCCUAAAGAACUGGAGAAAAUAUAAGCAUGGUGGUAUUUGGUCCUUAGACAAUGGAUCAAAACCUAAAGUAUUAAAACUUGGAUUAACAAACAUAAUUUCAAGCAUGGAUUUAGCAGAGGGUUUUGCUCCCCCAGUUAUAUCAUGAAUCCACGAGUCCUCUAGUUAACCAGAUUCGUGUGCAGUUGCUGAUUUUGAUUGGCCCGAAUGGAGAAUUGUUGCUACAGUUAACCAGAAUGGGAAUGAUAAGGACUGCCUAAUCUACAUGAACAUCAGUCUCAGGAUUAAGUCAAAGAAGUUAUGUUGGUUGGCGCAGAAGAGAUUUUUAUUUCAACUAAAAUCAGCUCAAGCCUUAGCAUCUAUAGCAUUUUGAGCCAAUCUAUUUACUUCCAGCAAGAUAGCUUGAGGGCAUUUCAGAUGCCAGGAACACUCUGUAAAGCAUGGAAAAUCUGAAUCAAUCCCUCAAAUGCCAGGAACACUCUGUAAAGCAUGGAAAAUCUGAAUCAAUGUCAACCUUGGCAAUCGAAGUCAAUAGGAGAUGACACUCUUGUCCAUCUGGCAGAAAGCAGUCACAAAUGUUCAAUUGUGAACAUCUACCCAAGAAGAGUAUUCAACUACACAACUAACGGUAUUGGUAACUUUUGUCACUAAAUUGAAUAUAAAAUCAGGCAAACUGACUUCAGAUGUAGUGUUAUUCUUUUGCUUCAAUCUUGUGCUAUUCAUUCAAAAUUGGAAAACCAAAGUGCAGGUGCCAUUUUUAACAGACAUGAAAAACUCUGCAUUUUGUAUUUAUGGAUCGUAUUGCUGAAGUGCACAGUUAACCUUUUUGGUCACUACCUAACAAAACAACAUUAAUGCAAAAGUCUGUGGGGAUUGAUAA